AUGUUUGUCCUGUAACCACUUGUAAAAAAACAUUCUAUGACAAUUCUAAAUUAAGUAGAUAUUAAUUAGUACAAACUGGAGAAAAACCUUUUAAAUGUGAAUUUAUGUUAAAAAGGAUUCUUUUUAGAUUUCAAUCUUAAAACUCAUCUACGUAUACAUACUGGAGAAAAACCAUAUACUUGUAAAUAUCUUGAUUGCCAAAUGAAAUUUAGUUAGUCUAGCAAUCUUACUGCUCAUUUAAAAAAUCACUAAAAUCCUGAUUAUGUUGGUAAUAAUUAUAUUAGAUUAUGCAUAGUAUCAGAUAGUGAAGAAGUUAUAGAUGAGUUUGAAGAAGAAAUUGGUAAUGAAGAUGUUGAUUAAUGA